AUGACUACAAAUUCGAAUGAUAAUUCAACAAGUAAAGACGAGAAUCAUCAUGCAAUUGAGCAGAAAUCGAGCAUAAACCCGAAGCCACACAAAAAAUAUCCAUCUCAAAGGGAACAAGUAUCGACACAUGUUGAACAAACGAAGAGUGCUCGGGGACGUCAUCCAAAGACUUCGUCAUCAAGUGCAAGAUCUAAAAACAAUUCUGAUGGUGUUCAUCAUGUACAGAGUUUAUUCGAGCAUGUCGGAAUGGGUUGUUUUCCAGAAGCGAACUCUGAUCCACUCGAAGUUGCCUUUGGAUUACGUCCAACAGGGAAACAACAUCGAAAAGAUUCAUCUUUCAUCGACUCAUCGUCAGAGCAUCAUGCCUUUGGCGACUGGUUACCUUUCAUGUAA